GGCUCUGAACAGCUCCAGCAAGACAUCAAGGCCUUCUCACUCAGAGACAUUUGAAGCUUCAACAUGAUGUUUUUCCUCUUUUUGUGUUUCCUCGCUCUUUGUGCUGCGACUCCUUUGGAGGAGAAAAACACGAAGCUCCAGCGUGGCGGUUGUCCAGCGUUCUGGUUCAACUUCAAUGGCCGCUGCUUUCGGUACUUCGCCACAGACAGGACCUGGGCUGCAGCAGAACGCCACUGUGUGUCACUGGGAGCCAACCUGGUGUCCAUCCACAGUGAGGAGGAACACAACUUUGUCAAUACACUGAUUAGGAACUUUGACCUGACUGAAGGACGCACCUGGAUUGGACUCUCCGACAUUCAUGAGGAAUCAAGUUGGAUGUGGUCUGACGGAUCCAGGGUCGAUUUUGUCUUUUGGAAAACUGGAGAGCCAAACAACAAUGGAGGACCAGAGCCAUGUGUUGAAACCAGCUUCGGUGUGAAUAAGAAGUGGAAUGAUGAAAGAUGCUCUCGCAUGGAGCCGUUUGUUUGCGCAUUACGCACAAUCUGCCCUCAGUAG